CUCUCUUUCUUUCUCGAUAUGGAUAUCAGACAACACCCACAGCCAAACAACCCCUCUCCCCCUCCGGUGCUUAUUCCAUCGACGAACCGGCUCCGAUCGGAGCUCCGGUGAGCCACACCCACACCGGUAAACCCUCACACCCACCCCCCUGUUCUCACUCCCUCUCUGACUCAGAUCCGAUGACUGGCGGAGCCGGCGUCGAUGUUUUCCAGCGAUGGUAUUCAGUGGCGGCGGACGACAACAGCACCACCAUAGGCGGCAGCUGUGGUGGUUGGCUUGACUGUGGUGCGACGGCUACAAGCAGGGAGGAGAGAAAGAGACUCGGGAGGAGAGAGAGAGAGGCGGUGAGGAGAGAGAGACCGAGAAGAAAGAGAUAGCUCUAGGUGGAGGAGGAUGCACCGCCGUGAGCGGCGGCUGGUGUCUCUGGCGGCAGUGGCGGCGGUGGUUCGAGUAUAUUCAUCGGAAGGAAGAUGGCAGUGGAGCUUCGACGGGGUGGAGGUCCGACCACCGCAGGCGGCGGUGGCUGCCGACGGUGCUAGAGACAGUGGUGAUGGUGAUCAUAUUUCUCAGUUUUGCUUCGGGUUCCGGGUCAGAUUCACGUUGGGUUCGGUCAAGGUCGACAUCAGAUGCAUUUCGGUUCAGGUGUUUGUUCCGACUCAGGUCACCCGGUUUCAAGGCAGAUCAUGUUCGGUUUACAAGAGAAAAAGAGGUUUGGUUUCAGUUUCGGGUCAUGGCUGGUUCAACUCGGUUUGACUCGGUCAAACCGAGUCCACUCAGUCAACUCAGGUCAACAGUGGGUUGACUCGGUCAACACAGUCAAACUGUCCGAUGUUUCGACACGAAAGAUUUGGUAAAGUCUUGGCGCGAUAAUUAUUUAUGUUAUUUUUAUAUUACCGUGAAAAGCGAUCUCUCGAACCGAAUUUAAAAAG